UUUUUAUCGUCUCUCUCUCUCUCUUAAAGCUAUCGCAGUUGGCAGCUCAGUUGCAGUACUUUUCAUCAUAGUGGUUAUUAUCUUUACCGUUGUCUUAUUUCGAAGGCGUCGAAUGCCAAAACGUAUUGCAAAGGAUGACGCAAACGAAAUGGAAGACUACGCUGCGGUAGCAAACUGCUACGAAGAAAGCAAACCGGUAAACGGCACUCCUCACGAACCAUACUAUCUAACGCUAGUACCCGAAAGUGAUCAAAAUGGCGGAUCCGUGGAUCACGUUGCUACGCAACCGCAUCUUGGGAAGGGUGGGGUCUGUAAGGACAAAAAUUCUUUCGUCAAGGGCUUGAAUGGUUGGACUGCAACUGAUACCAAGGAGGGUUUUGUUGAAAAUGUCUUGUAUGAAGCGAGUGAUGAACCAACAGUGAAGCCGUCAUCGUUGAGUUCGAACUGUCAUAAAACAUCAAAUAGCCAGGGCAAACUCUUAUCAAAUCACGUGAUCGAUGAACAUCAUGGAUCACGUAAUAAUAAGAGCGAUGCAACAAAUGAGGACGAAGAUGAUUACAUGAUUGAGAAUGAACUCUACAACGCACAGUCCCCGACAACUCCCCACAGCCUCAAACUCGAGUCGGCGGAUGAUCAGGGGACUGAUGACGUUUACGAGAACCCUGAUGAAAAUAUUUAUACAGACUGUAAAGAUGACGAUGUCCUGAUUGAAAAUGAGCUCUAUGGCGUUCCGUCCCCGACGACCCCUCGCGCUCACAAACGCGACGCCGUGGUCGAUAGCGUCAAUGACGCCGUUUAUGAAGACCCUGACAAGACUACCUCGAUGGUAGAGAACGGUGCUGCGACCCCGGCCGCUUAUGAGAACCAUACGGUCGUUGAUGAGGUGAAUGAUGGGGUUUAUGAAGAGCUAAAUGACGAUGCUGCUACACCGCGUACUUAUAUCAACGAAGCAGUCGAUGAUGAGGUUUAUGAAGCAGUGGGUGAUGACGGUGCAAUGGUUGACAACGAACUCUACAUUCCUGCAACAUAGGUCAUACCCGGGGGCCGGGUCGAUGAUCACGGAUCUCGUGGCGUUUAGUCCUUAGAGGUUGUUGUCGACGAUGAAGUCCAGUUGGCAAUUAAGGAUACGGGGCUGUUUCGCCGCCAAACGACCGUACCGAUGAGAUAACUACACAUUCGUUGAUGAGCCUACUUGGAGACAGUGUGGUCAAAGGCUAUGGUUUUCACAACCCAUACGCGGACGUUUCUGGAACUAUUUUGAAGUGCCCACCAUGACAAUGAAGUCUUUGUGGAGGAUGGGUGAAUCAAAAUCCUCGUUUCAAUCGUGACUCUGGACAAACGGCAUAUUUUCCCAUUUUCUUCAGUUCUGAAACUUUGAACGAAACUGCUUUUCCAAUUUCGUCGACAAAGACCUCUUUGUGACUUGACUUGCAUUUUAAAUUAAUGAAUGUAUGAUUCAUUCUGCGUUGCUCAGCGAAAACGGUAUCAACGUCAAAAGCGAAACGAAGUGAACAUGUGCUAAUAUUCUCGAUGUUUAUGAAAACUGUUAUUUACAAAAGGUGUAUUGAAUUCGAGUAAGCGACUGUAUCAGGGGCGUCGAUCCAUUUUUCAGAUGGGGGGGGGGGCAAAAUCAUAAAUCAACGUUCCAAAAUCGCUCGAUCACA